AUGCAAUAGCUUCAUUAAAAUUCCCUUUCUCCAUUAAUAAUAAUUGGUGAUGCUGAUAAUUUGGAUGAUGAUUUGAAGUCUAAUCCUACUCCUGAAAAAUCUCCUUCAUGCUUUAAUUUUCAUAAUUAAAAGAUAGAAAAUACUGAGAAAAAGAAAAAUAUUACAAUGAUUAAGAAAUUUACUUAACACUCUUCUGAAUUUACAGAUUUACUAUACUUAUGGAACGAUUACCUUAGAAAUAAAUUUGAAAAGACCAAAAGACUUCCAUGA